AUGGCUCCUCCUACAGCUGAGCUGUCACAUCUCCCCAAGGCCGACGGCUCGGCAAAUUUUGCAUUCGACGGCUACACAAUCACAGCGGCCGUCAACGGGCCGGUAGAGGCUCAGCGUCGAGAUGAGAAUCCCUUUGAGGCGCUGGUGGAUGUGAAUGUGCGGCCGGCAGCAGGAGUUGGAGGAACGGCCGAGCGCCAGCUGGAGGCUAUCCUGCAGCCUGCUCUGCGACAUCUCAUCCCGGUCAGAAACUUUCCGAGAUGCGUGAUUCAAGUCACGCUCCAGGUCAUGGAGGUGCCUGAAAACGCCUAUGUGAACACCAAAGUGCUCCAGCCCCGGCUGAAUCUCGGAAUCAUUCCAGCACUUCUCCACGCCGCGAUUCUGGGUCUCCUAACGGCAACAAUUCCCCUAAAGACGGUGGCUUCAGCAACUUGCCUAGCAAUUACGAAUGAUGAUGAAAGCACCGUCAAGGUAGACCCAACGCCCGCGGGAAUUGACCAAGCGAGAUCUGUUCACGUGCUGGGCUUUACGGCCGGCCGCGACCUUCUCCUGGCCGAGAGCGAGGGCUCUUUCUCAGCUGAAGAGUGGGACAAGGUUCUCCAGGCGGCGGAGAAAGUGUGCUGCCGCAGCCAGGAGGCCGAAGACGAUGCGGAAAUGGGAGGCUACGGGGCAGAUUCCGAAAAUGUGCAACAGUUUAUGCGCUCAGUCCUGGAAGCUAAAGCAGCCGAAGGUCUCCACUGGAGGUGA